CCCACACACAUCUAUAUAUAGGGGACAUAUAUGUAUACAGCAGAUUUGCUUAUUUGGAUAGUGAUAGCAGUUCAGUCUAAACGGCUAAACUAUAUGGAUAAUAUAGAUAAAAGUACCGAGUUUUCAUCUUUGUAUUCUUCUUUUUUUUAGAGUUUCAUUUUUAAAGUUUCAUUUUCCUGUUCUGGGACAUCAUUUGCUUUCUAGUCAGCAACAGAGGUGUUUUCAUUGCUUGGCCAGGCAGUUUUUCCUUCACAUGGUUCAAUCUCAAGAGCUCACUGAGCAUGGUAAGGUAAUAGGAUGCCACGGUUGCUCCAAGUGCUUUGUGAAAUUUCUUCCCUCCGCCACAAAGUGCCAGACAGAGUGGAGUCGCCGAGGUGCAUAGAGUGUAAAAGUCACCAAAUCUUGCUUAUCAAUAAUAACCCUUAAUAAUCAUAAGAAUUCUUCUUUUAUUAACAUCUUCAUGAAAACUGUUGAGGUGGGUUUCUGUGUCAUAAGCAGUUCCUGUAGGAAUAAUGUUUAGGUGGAGCAGAACUUUUGUCCCUAUAGUGUAUUUCAGUUUUCAGUUUGCACUUUGCAUUUCUGGAUGCAAAGUGAAUGUAAAGUGCUAAGUGUGUUAUCAGCAAUUCAGCGAAGGGAGGGGAUGUGUGUAAAUGUGUCAGGAUUUGUGUUGCGGAUGAGAGAAGGAGGACCCAAACGCUGGACUCACAGGUAGGUAGGUGAAGGUUGGUGUUUAUUGCCGAUGGAGUGAACAAACAGACAGAGGUAGGCAAUGGCUGGCUGGCUGGACGACUGGCUGAAUGACUGAAGGACUGAACGCGGGCGGAAACGACAACACAACCUCACGAGAACAUCAAUGACACGACAGAGAAGUGGUAAAACUGAGGAACUUAAAUACACAGACUGGAUGAUGACGAUAAUUGGACACAGGCGAAUACACAGCUGAACAUAAUGAAACAGGAAAUGGCAGGAGUGGUGAAAACAGAACAUGAACUGAAAACGCUGGGUCACCGACCCAGGAACCCUGACAAAAUGAGUCUACAUGUCUGGACCUCUGGCGUGUAAAAUGUGGAACCAAAAUGGGCAUCUUGCAUAAAGAGAAGAUGAGCAAAGGUGAGGCAUGUAUUGAGCGUAAAGGCUCCUUUUACACUCCACCUGAGUUUGAGAAGCUUGCAGGAAAAGAGCCAUGUAGAAAAUGGAAGUCAUCUAUUUGCCACAAAGGAAAAACUCUACGCUUUUGGUUCAAGAAAGGUUACCUAACCACUACCGGAUAUAGACAAAAGAAAAGAAAACAACAAUCAUCAGACCUUGAGUCCCACGAACUCUCAACAGAACCCAAGGAAGAUCGUGAUGAAGAUGAAGAUGAUGAUGGAGAAGAGGAUGAUGAUGAUAUGGAUGAAGAUAAUGAGCCUGACACUAAGAAAAACAAAGAUGAAGAUGCUACACCGAUUUAUAUCUCUUCUGAAGAAGAAGAAAGCGAGGAAGAUCUUGUUGAAGAUGAAGAUGAGGAUAUGGAUGAAGAUGAUGUUGGUGACGAUCAGCGUAGCACUGAGGAAGAUGAGGAUGAAGAAGAUGAUAAUGAUGAGGAAGAGACUGUGCCUGCUGUUGCCUCUAACAAUACUGACAGCAAAGAGAGAGUAACAGCUACAAUUCCAACACCUGGAAAACAUGCAUUAGAGAUGAAAGAGCAGAAAACUAGACGUCGUCCUGACAUGCCAAGAUCUGAAGUCAGUGGAAAUAAGAGAGAUGUGGCAAAGAACACAGCAAUCAAACUGCAAAAUGUUAAGAAAGAACCUCAAGACAAACUGAAGAAGACAACAAGCAGCACAAUUUCAACACCUGUGAAACCUGCACUAAAGAUCAAAGAAGUAAAGGGUGUCGUUAAUAGCCUUCCUGAGAAGACUAGACAUCAUUCUGAGAUUGCAAGAUCUGAAGUCCGUGGACAUAACAGAGAUGUGGCAACAAACACAGCAAUCAAACUGCAAAAUGUUAAGAAAGAACCUGAAGACAAACUGAGUCCUUCCUGUGAACCUCUGGCUGUGUCAGAUCAGCAAGAGCAUAAAGCUGUUCACUGCUCUGGCCACAAAGUAGCUGAUUUACAAUCCAUGAGGCCAGAAGGGGGUGCGGACAUAACGGAGGCCCGGUUGCCUGGGCCCUCAGCCAGCUCUGGUUUGAAUACAAUGGAUCUUGAUCAACUGAAGAGGGAAAAAAUAAAAAUGCAACUGAAAAUUUUAAAAUUACAAGAGAACUAUUACACUUUGAAAGUAAAAGAACUUAAAAAAUGAGGAUUAAUGGUUCUGUAAAGCUGACAUUGCAGACAAUAAAUUAAACGAUUGCUGUGUUUAUAUCCACAAACUGACACGUUAAUUGGAAGUUUCUUUGGUGGAAUAUUACUUUUGACAAAAGCUACAAAAUCAUAGAAGUGUGCUGCAUUUAUACACCGUACUUUUUCUUUGCUAUACUCAGUUUUCCUUUAGUAUUGUUGAUUACCAUGUUUUACUUUGUUUUUAGAAUUAAACAAAUAGCUGAUAUUUUCUUCUGUAGAAUGCGAAUAAACAUGAUUUUUAUCUGUAAAUCAUAUCAUGUAAGAAUGGAUGUUUGUGUAAAAAUUGGCUAAUCGUAAACCUAACUGAAGAGAAAAUAGCUAAACCUGAAUAAGACAUGAAAUUAAGUGUACUCAUAUGAAUGAAAAUUCAUAUGUCUCAAAAGAUGUGACGUCCAGAAAUAGA